AUGGAGUCGGCGCGUGGCCCCCCAAGGGUCAAGAACAAGGCGCCCAGCGCAAUUCAAAUAUCUGCUGAGCAACUUCUUCGUGAAGCUGUUGAUCGACAGGAACCAGGUCUUCAGGCGCCCACUCAGCGGUUCGCUGAUCUCGAAGAGCUCCAUGAGUUCCAAGGCAGAAAACGGAAGGAGUUCGAGGACUAUGUGCGGAGGAACAGGAUUAAUAUGAACAACUGGAUGAGAUAUGCGCAGUGGGAAUUGGAGCAGAAAGAGUUCAAGCGUGCGAGGUCAAUUUUUGAGAGAGCUCUGGAUGUUGACGCAACUUCUGUUACGCUAUGGAUUCGAUAUAUCGAGGCCGAGAUGAAGACGAGAAACAUCAACCAUGCACGAAAUCUACUGGAUCGGGCUGUCACAAUCCUGCCCAGGAUCGAUAAACUGUGGUACAAGUAUGUGUACAUGGAGGAGAUGCUGGGGAACAUUCCUGGUACACGACAAGUUUUCGAGCGAUGGAUGUCCUGGGAGCCCGAUGAGGCAGCAUGGAGCAGUUACAUCAAGUUGGAGAAGCGGUAUGGAGAGUUUCAGAGGGCCCGAGAGAUUUUCCAAAGAUUCACCAUGGUCCACCCGGAGCCAAGAAAUUGGAUCAAGUGGGCGAGAUUCGAGGAGGAGUUUGGAACGAGCGAUCUGGUGCGAGAGGUCUUUGGAUCCGCUGUUGAGGCUUUGGGCGACGAGUUCAUGGACGAGAGGCUUUUCAUCGCCUAUGCGAGAUAUGAAGCAAAAUUGAAAGAGUAUGAGCGUGCCAGAGCAAUCUACAAGUAUGCUUUAGAUCGCUUGGCACGAUCAAAAUCUUUGGCUCUUCACAAGGCGUAUACGACCUUCGAGAAGCAAUUUGGUGAUCGGGAAGGAGUAGAAGAUGUCAUUUUGUCAAAGCGGAGAGUCCAGUAUGAAGAGCAGAUCAAGGAGAAUCCCAAGAACUAUGAUGUCUGGUUCGAUUAUGCCAGACUGGAGGAGACCUCAGGUGAUGUGGACCGAGUGCGGGAUGUCUAUGAAAGAGCCAUCGCCCAGAUACCACCCACGCAAGAGAAAAGGCAUUGGAGACGGUACAUCUAUCUUUGGGUCUUUUACGCGAUCUGGGAGGAGAUGGAAUCGAAGGAUAUUGAGCGUGCGAGGCAGGUAUACCAGGAGUGUUUGAAGCUGAUCCCCCACAAGAAGUUCACGUUCGCCAAGAUCUGGCUCAUGAAGGCGCAAUUUGAGAUCCGACAACAAAAUCUAUCUGCUGCAAGAAAGACACUUGGUCAAGCCAUCGGAACGUGCCCAAAGGACAAGUUGUUCAAGGGGUACGUCGAACUGGAGCUGAAACUCUUCGAAUUUGUCCGGUGCCGAACGCUUUAUGAGAAGCACAUCGAAUGGAACCCAGCAAAUUGCCAAGCAUGGAUCAAGUUUUCCGAGUUGGAGCGAGGUCUCGAUGAUCUUGAACGAACGAGAGCAAUUUUCGAGCUUGCCAUUGACCAACCUGUGCUCGACAUGCCAGAAUUGUUGUGGAAAGCAUAUAUCGACUUCGAGGAAGAGGAAGGCGAGUACGACCGGACGCGAGAAUUGUACGAGAGAUUGCUGGACAAGACCGAUCAUGUCAAGGUCUGGAUCUCUUACGCUCAUUUUGAGAUCAAUAUACCCGAUGAGGAUGAUGAAGAAGUGGAGGAAGAGGAAGAGGAAGAAGAGAAGCCUGUCAGCGAGUUGGCUAAGACACGAGCACGGAAGGUCUUUGAGAGAGCACUCAAGAGUAUGAAAGACAAGGAGCUCAAGGAAGAGCGAGUCUCUUUGCUCAACGCAUGGCUUUCAUUUGAGAGGACACAUGGCUCGGAAGAUGAUAUCGAGAAGGUGCAGAAACAGAUGCCGAGGAAGACGAAGAGACGCCGGAAGUUGGACGACGACAGCUACGAGGAGUAUAUCGACUAUGUGUUCCCAGCAGAUGAUAGGCAGACGGCGAAGCUGUCCAACUUGCUUGCUAUGGCUCAGUCAUGGAAGCAGGCUGGCGGAGCGAUUACUGGAGAUGUCGCGAAUGGAGAAUAG